GCGGGCUAGGCGGGCAGGUCGGCCAGGCGGGCAGGUCGGCCAGGCGGGCGGCCACGGCUUCCCGACAGGCUCGGGCGGCCAAGUCCCUCGCGGCGUCCGGCACUGCCCCGGCCCCCUCGGCCUCCGGCGGCGAGGCGGGGGAGUGAGGAGAUGCCGACCCAGAGGGACAGCAGCACCAUGUCCCACACAGUUGCGGGCGGCGGCGGCGGGGACCAUUCCCACCAGGUCCGGGUGAAAGCCUACUACCGCGGGGACAUUAUGAUAACACACUUUGAGCCUUCCAUCUCCUUUGAGGGACUUUGCAGUGAGGUCCGAGAUAUGUGUUCUUUUGACAAUGAACAGCCGUUCACCAUGAAAUGGAUAGACGAGGAAGGAGAUCCGUGCACAGUGUCUUCUCAGCUGGAAUUAGAAGAAGCUUUCAGGCUCUAUGAACUGAACAAGGACUCUGAGCUCUUGAUCCAUGUAUUUCCUUGUGUACCAGAACGUCCUGGAAUGCCUUGCCCAGGAGAAGACAAAUCCAUCUACCGCAGAGGGGCCCGCCGGUGGAGAAAGCUUUACUGUGCAAAUGGCCACACUUUUCAAGCCAAGCGUUUCAACAGGCGUGCUCACUGUGCCAUCUGUACAGACAGAAUCUGGGGACUUGGACGACAAGGAUAUAAGUGCAUCAAUUGCAAACUGUUGGUUCACAAGAAGUGCCAUAAGCUUGUCACAAUUGAGUGUGGGCGGCAUUCCUUGCCACCGGAACCAAUGAUGCCAAUGGACCAGUCAUCCAUGCCCCCAGACCACGCGCAGACCGUAAUUCCAUAUAAUCCUUCAAGUCAUGAAAGUCUGGACCAAGUUGGUGAAGAAAAGGAGGCGACGAACACCAGGGAAAGCGGCAAAGCAUCAUCAAGUUUAGGUCUCCAGGAUUUCGAUUUGCUUCGCGUUAUAGGGAGAGGAAGUUAUGCCAAAGUACUGUUGGUUCGAUUAAAAAAAACAGAUCGCAUUUAUGCAAUGAAAGUUGUGAAGAAAGAGCUCGUCAAUGAUGAUGAGGACAUUGACUGGGUGCAGACGGAGAAGCAUGUUUUUGAGCAGGCGUCCAAUCACCCUUUUCUUGUUGGACUGCAUUCUUGCUUCCAGACAGAAAGCAGGUUGUUUUUUGUUAUAGAGUAUGUAAAUGGAGGGGAUCUAAUGUUUCAUAUGCAGCGACAAAGAAAGCUUCCUGAAGAACAUGCCAGGUUUUACUCUGCAGAAAUCAGUCUAGCACUGAAUUACCUGCAUGAGCGAGGAAUAAUCUAUAGAGAUUUGAAGCUGGAUAAUGUGCUGCUGGACUCGGAAGGACACAUUAAACUGACUGACUAUGGCAUGUGUAAGGAAGGAUUACGGCCUGGAGAUACAACCAGCACUUUCUGUGGAACUCCCAAUUACAUUGCUCCUGAAAUUUUAAGAGGAGAAGACUAUGGCUUCAGUGUUGACUGGUGGGCUCUUGGAGUGCUCAUGUUUGAGAUGAUGGCCGGAAGGUCUCCAUUUGAUAUUGUUGGGAGCUCCGAUAAUCCUGACCAAAAUACAGAGGACUAUCUAUUCCAAGUUAUUUUGGAAAAGCAAAUUCGCAUACCACGUUCUCUGUCUGUAAAAGCAGCAAGUGUGCUGAAGAGUUUUCUCAACAAGGACCCAAAGGAACGGCUGGGCUGCCACCCUCAAACUGGAUUUGCUGACAUCCAAGGACACCCGUUCUUCCGAAAUGUGGACUGGGACAUGAUGGAGCAGAAGCAGGUGGUGCCACCCUUUAAACCAAACAUUUCUGGAGAAUUUGGCUUGGAUAACUUUGAUUCCCAGUUUACGAAUGAACCAGUCCAGCUCACUCCAGAUGAUGAUGACAUCGUGAGGAAGAUUGAUCAGUCUGAAUUUGAAGGUUUUGAGUAUAUCAACCCUCUUCUGAUGUCUGCAGAAGAAUGUGUCUGACCCUCGCUUUUCAGCUGUUCAUUUGCUUACUGCCAUCACUGCAUGGAUCAGCCUGUUAGCCUGGCCAUCGUUAGCGUUUUGUGUUGUCACCUGCAGAAUCUCACAGCAUCCUCUUAUAGAUGAUAGGACUCUUAGAGCUCGCUUCCCAACAGUCGUGUCAGACUUUAGUUUCGCUUGUUCUCCGGAGUACUCAGCAAGGAAGUACCACAGCUUCUCAAGCAGAGCCUCUGUUCUGUUGGGAUGCCGGGUGGGAUUACAUCAUCAGUCUCCACAGUUGUUGUCAUCGUGGGAAGUCACUGGAAGGCCUAAUUGUGUAGUGGAGGGUAGCUCACAGUACAUCUCAUAAACUAGUUUCAGAGUUCCUUGAAGACUCCUCCUCCUAUAAAUUUUCUCAUUAGUCCGGAUAAUUAUUGAUAUUUAAAAGAACGGUUAUCGAAUUGAUACACAAUUGACUUGUUUUAGUAAGAAUUGGAUUAUAAAUUAGCUAUGUUUGAAAAAUUGGCUCAAUGAUUUAUUUUGUGGGUUGUUUUUCAUUUUUGUUUUUUUGAGACAGGGUUUCUCUGUAGCUUUGGAGCAUGUCCUGGAACUAGCUCUGUAGACCAGGCUGGCCUCGAACUCACAGAGAUCCACCUGCCUCUGCCUCCCGAGUGCUGGGAUUAAAGGUGUGCGCCACCACCGCCGCUUAUUUUGUGUUUAAUUUUUUUUUUCUUUUUAGAAUAAGGGGUUAGCGUCUGAGCCUGCCUUCUCAGAGAGAAGUAGCAUAUGCAGUUCAAGGACCCAGAGAGCAUAUGGACAGUUGCUCAGUACAUACAAAGGAAAAAGAAGGAUAAUAGUAAUGUUUUAUUUUCUAGUGGGAAUGAAUCCUACACUUGCUUUUGAGAUUUGUUUUAAAUAAUGAGGAAGUACUUACUUCUUCCGAUACUUAGAAAAGCAUUUCAUUCAUUCAGGGGAGGCAGAGUGUAUAUAUACAUAUAUUUUAUUACUUAGUAUGCAGGAAAAUAAUUUAUCUUCUAAGUAGAAUGUCUUUACUUUUGAUUCCUUCCCCAAAGUACAUUGUUUGUACUUUUAGGACCAGUUAAUGGCGCUUAUGUAUGACAUGAGUAACUGUAACACGCGUGUUUGCAGUUCCUACUGAGCUUUAGGUCUUGGGUAACAAACAUAAUACAUAAUAGAAUGCAUUUCAGAGGCAGAGUUCUUCAGUUCUCCGCAAUAUUUUUAUUAAUAUUAGUAUUUAGCAACAUUUUAUUUAAAGAAGUACCAUUUAACAUCAUUCUGCUGUUUAUUUUAAAUAUUUUUAUAUAAAGAACUUUAAAAUAAUAAUCUAGAUAAAGUACAAUUGUCAAAUCAGUAAAAUUUUAUUUUAGGGAUGCUAUCUAGUGUUGAGCUUAUAAUGAUUUAAAACAUGUAGGUAUUUAAAAAUUAUCCUUUGGGGGAUGCUAUGUUUCAUGAGAAGUGUAAGUUUUCCCAAGUCUGUGUCAUGCAUUUUUUCUUCAAAUAACGUAAGGCCGAGAGCACUGGAGGCCUCCAUUGACUGUAGCUAAAUAGGGACAGUGAGGUGGCUCAGCAGGUGCAGGACAUGCCGCCCAGCCUGGUGGCCUGGCUCUGAUGCCACAUGGUGAAAGAAAAGGACACGCUCCUACAAGCUAGUACACCAUGACGCACACCCUCCCCUGCAGUAAAGAAAUGGGGGGGGAGCCAAAUACAUGCAGUAGAAUGCAUAUCAGGAAGCAACUGUUUAUCUGCAUGUCCAUGUUUGUCUCAUGUUUGAGAAGUGUGCUUCCCCAAUACUUAGGUUUAUUUUAAGUCGCGAGGCAGCGUCGCGUCAUAAACUGGUAGAGAAUUCUGGAGUGUCAGCAUGCUUAUGGCCAUUGAAGGGGGCUGUCCCUUGGGCACCUUGGAAUAUCCAGCAGUCGCUGAGAGUUUGUUUGGAAAUGCACAUCCUUAGGCUAACUUCGGACUCUUUGGGGACUUCAUAUUUCAUUUUGAAAAACAUUUUCUUCAAGGUAUUCUUUUUAUGUGUGUGACAAUAUUUCUUAUGGGGUGUGAGUCUACUUUCUGUGGUGAAACAGUUCAAGAAAGGUAAUCAGUGAAUUAUCGCCAAAUUUGUCUACGCAUUAAAUGAACUAAUCCAAGUUACACACCUUCCCUGCCCUCAUCCCCAGUAAAACGCACCCGUUUCCUGCCACUGCUGGGCAAAUGAGCAGUUUUCUAUCAUGAGGUCUCUUAUUAAUGGUGGUCUUUGUUUUUAAAUCUUUUUUUUUAACUAAUAAGAUUUACUGUGUGUGUUUUAUACAGAAUUAUUGUAAAUGUCUUUUAGUCCUAGUUUUCAGUCCUUAAGUGCCAUGCCAACUCCUUAUACAUUAUGUAAAAGUUCUCUCAAAAUACUCAUCAGGGGCCUCUUGGUGUGAAUGAGCGGAGUGAUUGGCAUUUGGUGUCUUAGAAAUCAUUUAAUUUGCAUAAACUGUGGUCGGAUCGUUUUAUCCUAUGCAGCUGGAUUGGAUGUCUAGUUCCAUGUGUCCUCAGUGCUGGAACAUUUAGUUUAGAAAUUUGUUUUUAUUUUUGUCAUGUAGAAUAUUGUCUUGUUCAUUAUUAAUGUAAUCUGUAUUUGUAUAAUUUUUUUACAUUAAAAUGUUUAAAUAAAAUGUUUAAUACCUAU